GUUUUCUCUCCUGGGUUCACACUGAUGCGGUGUGGAAUUUGCCACGGUUUCUGUGCGAGUUCCGCACCGCAUCAGAAUCGCGAACCGUUCAUGCGAACCACUGCGUGUGUGUAUGGUAAGUUAACAACCCCCCCCGAAAUCAGUCCACAAAAUGCGGUGCGAUGUGUGAAUACCCAUGCGAUCCGAUUCUAGUGCGGACCAAAAAAUGGGUCCUGCACCUUUUUGGUGCGGAUGCAGUGCGAUUUGAGCCAUACAAAAUGUAUGGCUCUGAUCGCACCGCACAGAAUUUGCAUGUGAUUUGCACAGGAAUGCGGUGCGGUUCCUGU